AUGGAAGUGGAAGGACGCAGCAAUGAAGCUCCACAUGACGUAGAAAACCCCAACUCCCCAGUAGCAGAUUUGAAGCGGCGGUUGGAUAGUUUGUCUCGACGGUCCUCUGAUGAGGGCUGUAUCUACAGGGUUCCUUUGCGACUACGGGGCAAAAAUAACUCUUACACCCCGGAAGUAGUCUCAAUAGGUCCAAUUCACCAUGACAACAAAGAAUUAGAAGCCAUGGAAGAAUACAAACAGAGGUACCUACAAUAUUUUCUUCAUCGGAAUAAUAAGGUUAGCUUGGAGUAUUAUGUAGAGAAAAUAAAGGCCCAAGAAGAUAAACUCCGUGGUUGUUAUGGAAACGCUCAGCACUUCAAGAGUAGCGACAAGUUUGUAAGUAUCAUUCUAGUUGAUGCCGCCUUUGUCAUUGAGCUAUUGUUGAGGUACUAUUUCGAAGAAUUGCGAGAUGAUAAUGACUGGAUAUUUAAAAAACCAUGGAUGUUAACAAAUAUAGUGCCUGACAUGCUUUUGCUCGAAAAUCAGCUGCCAUUUGUCAUUCUUGAGGUUCUUUUCGACACGCUGAGAGUUGAGAGUGCUGAGAGGCCUUCAAUGAUUAAGCUCUCUCACCGUUUCUUCAAAAAGGUAGUGGGUUUACAGAGGUCCCAAAAGGACCGCCUCAUCUUCCUCUUCCAGCCCCACCCCUCCUCCGCCUCGAUCCGCCGCUGCCGUCGCUGGAAAACGUCAAAAACAGGCCAGAUUUUACAUGAUUUUUCGAAGCUCGUUCGGGUGAUUCCGGCAACCAAAUUCUUCGAACUUGGUAUAAGUCUUGACCGGUGGUUUGGAGUUUUUCCUAUCGCCGGAAAUUGA